AUGGUGAAUCUAGGUGAAGCUGCAACUGAAACACUAGGUGCUGAGAACUUCAACUCAAACACAGCAGCAUCUGAGCUGGUAAUAUCAAAUAUUGACCACAAUCAUCCUCUCUUCUUGCAUCAAAAUGAUACUCCAGGUAGCUCAUUAAUUUCUCUUCAACUAGUUGGUUUAGAGAACUACGCGAUUUGGAGUAGAUCAAUGAGAAUUGGAUUAAUAGGCAAGAGUAAGCUUGGAUUCAUUGAUGUUCGACCAGGAUUGCUGGGGACUGUGGUGUAUGGAGGAGAUGCACACAAGGUUUGGUGUGAUCUAAAGAAAAGAUUCGACAAGAUAAAUGGAGCUCAUGAUCUAAGUCAGGAAACCAUGUCAGUUUCAGAUUAUUAUACAAAACUCAAAGGCUUGUGGAAUGACUAUGAUUCAAUUAUGCCUUGUCCAGGUUGUUCAUGUCCUGAGUCUAAGAAGUUUCAAGAUCAUUAUGAGUAUCAAAGGUUACUAGAGUUUUUAAUGGGACUAAAUGAGACCUACUCUGCAGUUAGAGGACAGAUUUUGAUGCAGUCUCCAACUCCAAAUCUGAACAAAGCCUUUUUCCUUGUCAUGGAUCAUAAAAGUCAAAGGAACAUAGCACACACUAACUAUGAAUCAUGCCUUCCUAAACUGAUGGAAAGUACUGCAUUGUUUAGCCAAAAAGGGAGUGGUCAUAGUGUUGGUAAUGGGAAUUUUGGUCAUCAACCUGGUGGAGGUGGUGGUCACACUAAGGAGCAAUGUUUCAAGGUCAAAGGAUAUCCAGUUGGCUGGAGAUCCAAGAAGAAAACUGGUAGUUCUACACCUAGCUCUAGUUCCUUUGCUAACCAAGUUACAGUUGCUCAAAGUGCAGGCUUAUCACACAAUGAAGAACCUAGUGCAGCAUACAAGUCACCUUCAGCUUUCUUCACAAAAGAUCAAUAUCAGCAGAUAAUGCAGUUACUAACCAAAGGCAGUGACACUGGUGGAGAUCAUUCAGCCAAAAUAGCCAUAACAGGUAGAGUUUUAUCAACACUAGUAUCCAAAUAUGUGAAUAAGGAGUGGAUAGUUGACACAGGAGCCACUAACUAUAUGAUAUCUCAAUUGUCAUCACUAGAUAAAUGUACCUCAGUGUCUAAGCCUGAAAGAAGGCAGGAUCUCUAUAGUGGACAGGUCAAGGGGAUUAGUAGACAAGAUGAAGGACUCUACAUUCUCAAGGAAGGCUUCAACCAUAUUGAUCCUACUCAGAGGUUAUGCAGUACUUCUACUGCUCAAGCGUCUUCUACUAGUGCUGUAUAUGGUAGUAGUUGUUCUGAUUCUAGUACAUUAUGGCAUAGCAGGUUAGGACAUGCUCCUAUUGAUGUAAUAAGAAGGUCCUCUAGUCUUGCAGGAGUGGAUAUCUCUGACAUCUCAACUUGUACAGUGUGUCCAUUAGCAAAACAAACAAAAGUUCUUUUUCCUAUAAGCAAUCACACUUCAAAGGCACUCUUUGACUUGGUGCAUUGUGAUGUCUGGGGUCCAUAUAGAGUACCUACUCAUAAUGGAAUGAAAUACUUUGUUACUGUAGUACAUGACUACUCUAGAUUCACUUGGCUAUUUCUUCUCACAGCUAAAUCUGAUACUAUAGUUGUGAUGAGACAUUUUUUUGCUCAAGUUCAUAAUUUGUUCUCAACUUGUGUCAAAGUGCUUAGAACUGAUAAUAAGACUAAAUUCAUGAGCACAGCCUUUCAGUCCAUGUUGUCAACUCUGGGAUUAUAUCAUCAAACCACAUGUGUAUACACUCCUCAGCAAAAUGGUGUGGUAGAAAGGAAGCACAGAACUAUCUUAAACAUGACAAGAGCCUUGAGGUUCCAGGCAUCAGUACCCUUGCAGUUUUGGGGAGAAUGUGUUACCACAGCUGUCUAUAUCCUUAAUAGACUUUCAUCUAAACUUUUGUCUUAUAAGUCUCUCUUUGAGCUACUGUAUCAACAUUCUCCAUCCCUCUCUCAUAUCAAAACUUUUGGUUGCCUAUGUUAUGCUACUUGUCCAGCCAUCACAGAUAAGUUCUCUCCUAGAGCCAUACCUGUUGUGCUUAUGGGAUACUCUUUGUCUCAAAAGGGUUACCUCUUAUAUGAUCUGCAUACUAAGUCCUUAUUUGUGAACAAGCAUGUUGUGUUUAAAGAAGACAUGUUUCCUUUCAGAGACUUUCAAACCUCAUCCAAUCCCAUAUUUCCUAUCUUAACUCAAGUACAACCUGAUAAUGAUCAUCCCCCUACUAGCUUGUCACCUGUUGUUACUCCUCAAGACCCUCAGCUACCACCUACUCCUGAAGACCAUUCUCCACUUCCAUCUCCAACAGCAGUUCCUACCAAAAAGUCCUCCAGAUCAACCAAACUUCCUAUCUGGCUUCAGGAUUUUGUUACUCAAUCCAAAAGUCACUCUUGUCUGUUUCCAGUAUCUGACUUUGUUAGCUACAAACAUGUCACGACCCAGCCCUGUAGGUCAUGA